UUGGUCUCUUCCUUCGGUCUUCUCCUAAUGAGGCGAAUAGCGACGUUGCAUCAUACUGCAUGCAGCCGCCGGAGCGUUUUAGUAACGAUGCAGUUCUCGAUCAGGCGCGAUCAGCCCGGCGACUGCGGCAGCGGCACGUGGUGGCCUUAGGAGAAGUGCCUGAUGGGACGGUGGUCACCGUCAUGGCUGGAAAUGAUGAGAACUACUCUGCAGAGCUGCGAAACGCUUCUGCCGUGAUGAAGAACCAGGUGGCCAGAUUUAAUGACUUACGAUUCGUGGGCAGAAGUGGAAGAGGGAAGAGCUUUACUUUGACAAUAACUGUCCUGACAAAUCCCCCCCAAGUCGCUACAUACCACAGAGCUAUAAAGGUUACAGUGGAUGGGCCAAGGGAGCCAAGAAGGCACAGACAGAAGCUUGAUGACUCUAAACCUAGUUUGUUCUCUGAACGCCUCAGUGAUUUAGGGCGCAUUCCUCAUCCCAGUAUGAGAGUAGGGGUCCCGACCCAGAGCCCACGGCCCUCUCUGAACUCUGCACCAAGUCCUUUUAAUCCACAAGGACAGAGUCAGAUUACAGACCCCAGGCAGGCGCAGUCAUCCCCGCCAUGGUCCUAUGACCAGUCUUACCCAUCCUACUUGAGCCAGAUGACUUCGCCAUCCAUUCACUCCACAACUCCCCUGUCCUCCACUCGAGGCACAGGACUUCCAGCCAUCACCGAUGUGCCCAGACGCCUCUCAGAUAUUAUUAUAAUCUUGGAUGCUGCUGCCAUACACCUGUUUGACUCGCAGCCAGGUGAAUUUCUUGCUGUUGUGUUUUCCCCUUCCACCAAGCUCAUAGCGCUGGAAAUGUUGAUCACUCCACUGAGCUGCAUCACCGACAAGCUGCACUUCAGCCAGCAGGCAU